CCUUUCCUCUUUCCUUUCAAUUUUUUUUCUCCAUCUUCUUCUUUAAACUUUCUCUCUCAUUUUCCUCUCCACCUCACUGCACUUAUCUCUUUCUGUCAGUUUUCCUCCAUUUCUUUUCCCAUUCCCAAUAAACUCUUUUCCAAACCUAAACCUCCAAAAAAAAUAAAAAUAAAUAAAGAGGUACUCUUCAACCUCAUCAUACUCAUCACCUUCUGCUUCACCAUGCUUUCCAGAGUUGGGAACGUUCUUUGGAUGGAAAAUCGCGAGGAUGAGGAUUCGUCUUCCUGGACUAAAAACAACAACGACCACAACCAUCUCAACCACCCUGUUAAUUGCUCUGUUUUGAACAACAAAGACGAAAUCACCUCUCUCUCUACCUUCAAAUCCAUGCUUGAGGUUGAAGACGACUGGUGUAUCUCUGCUAAUGCUCUCCAUAACCAUAACCACCACACCGACAUCAAUGACAUUACCUUCUCUCAAAAUUUCACCGACCCACCUGAUAAUUUGUUGCUCCCCCCUGGAGAUUCCUCCUCUUCUUGUUCCCCUUCUUCUUCUGUGUUUAAUAACAUUGACCCAUCUCAAUUGCGUUUCUUCUUGCCUCCAACUCGCACUUUGUCUUCACUUCAUAAGGUAGUUUCUAACAACCCUUUAGACCAUGGCUUCGAUUUGGGAGCAGAGGUUGGGUUUCUUGACGUCCAAGCUUCAAAUGCUUCGACUCUGCUCAACGAUGGAGGUGGGUUAUUAACUGGGUUCACUGAUUUAAGCCCAACUAGUCAGAUGAACACUCCUAAUUUGUGCUUGGGUUCUCAAUUGACAGCACAAAACGUGGCCCCAAUGGGUGACAAUUGUUCGGGAUUAGCGGGAUUUCAGAGUUUUGAUGAGAAUUUGGGAAAUGCUCUGCUUUUGAAUCGGUCUAAGCUUUUGAGACCACUUGAAUCUUUUCCCUCAGUGGGAGCUCAGCCGACUCUUUUCCAGAAGAGGGCUGCUCUAAGGAAGAGUUUAGCUGAUAAGGGAAGCAAUUUGGGGGUUUUGAGCCCCGAUGGCGGCUGGUUCUCAAAUAGGAUUGAAGGAGGCAUUGGGAAAAAUGAAAUGGGUGACGAAAAUGGGAAGAAGAGGAAAAUGAUUUAUGCAGAUGAAUUGCAAGAUACUAGCAUUGACACAUCCCGUUUCAAUUACGAUUCUGAUGACUUUACCGAGAAUACUAACACUAAAUUGGAUGAGAGUGGUAGAAAUGUUGGAAAUACAUCUAACGCCAAUAGUACAGUAACCGGCGGCGACCAGAAGGGGAAGAAAAAAGGACUUCCAGCGAAGAAUUUGAUGGCCGAGAGACGCCGGAGGAAGAAGCUCAAUGAUAGGCUGUACAUGCUGAGGUCCGUUGUUCCAAAAAUCAGCAAAAUGGAUAGAGCUUCAAUUCUUGGAGAUGCGAUUGAGUACUUGAAGGAAUUACUGCAAAGAAUCAACGACCUCCAUAAUGAAUUGGAGUUUUCCCCUUCUGGGGCUGCCUUGACGCCGGGCGCAAGCUUCCAUCCCUUGACUCCAACACCACCAAGCCUCUCGAGUCGUAUAAAGGAGGAGCUUUGUCCUAGCUCAUUUCCCAGCCCAAACGGCCAACCUGCAAGGGUCGAAGUUAGAGUACGAGAAGGACGGGCAGUAAAUAUACACAUGUUUUGUGGUCGCCGACCGGGUCUCUUGCUCUCUACAGUUAGGGCAUUAGAUAAUCUUGGAUUGGACAUCCAGCAGGCUGUGAUUAGCUGCUUUAAUGGUUUUGCUAUGGACAUAUUUCGAGCAGAGCAAUGCAGCGAAGGUCAAGAUGUCCAUCCUGAGCAAAUAAAAGCAAUAUUAUUGGAUUCAGUUGGCUUCAAUAGUGCUACAUAAAUAUCUGCUAGACAAGUAAAGAAUGCUUGUCCUUUGACAAACUGAACCAUUUCAAUCAUAAUUUACCUUGCUUUUUUUUUUCUUCUUAGGCUGAGUUCUCUGUUGUUCAUCAAGUAAUUGACUCCAUUGUUGACUCAGAAGUAAAAUCUUCUGGAAUAUUAUAUGCAUUGACUUGCUCUUGAGAUGAUUGUCACAAUUUAAAGUUUCGGUUUGUGUAA